CCAGUCCCAGCUCGCUCGCAUUCACACCUCUUCUUCUGCAGGGAAAUACCAGCGUGGAGGAGCCCACUGCCGGUCUGGCCCGCGGCUUUUUAUGUGAAUAUUUGGUUUUUAAUUUGAUGGCAGACCCCUCUGCCCCCCUAGCAGUAUGGACUGUCCGCACCUGCAGCUCGGCAUUAUGGGUCUGAAACCAGGAGUUCUGGCCGAGGCGUGUUCAGCUGCUUUCUGGAACGGAUUUAAACUCUGAAAGUCUUGAAGGAUUUCUCCAAACAAACAGGAAACUAAUUCCUUAUAAAUUCUAUAGAGAUCUGGUUUUUCAGUGAUCGUUUGUAUCGAUUUCAGUCGCGUGUUUUGGUCGAACCGCGAGGUUAAAUCUGGAACGGAUUAAAACUCUGAAACUCUGAAGGAUUCUCCAAACUGCUCGAAACUGAGACCUGGAACUGUUUGCUUUCAUCUUACAUUGAUAGCUGGUUUUCAGUGAUCGUUUGUACCGAUUUCAGUCGCGACUUUUGAGCCAAACCGAGAAGUUCAAGUAUUGAUUUCAGUUCUGCGUUUUGAUCCAAACUGAGAGGUCAAAAUGCCGUUCAUGCCGGUGAAGUUCAACCUGCAGAAGCGGGUGAAGCUGGCGCAGGGCCUGUGGAUGAUCUACUGGCUCUCGGUCAUCGUGGGGAUCCUGAUCUUCAGUCUCGGCAUCUUCUUCAAGAUCGAGCUGCGGAAGAGAAGCGAGAUGAUGGACAACAACGAGAGCCACUUGGUGCCCAACCUGCUGAUCCUGGUGGGCCUGUUGGCGUGCGGGCUCAACGCCUUCGGCGGCAAGGUGUGCCACGACUCGCUGGACCCGGUGAAGUUCGCCAAGUGGAAGCCGAUGCUGCGCUCGUACCUGCUGCUGUGCUGCGGCUUCAACGGGCUGCUGCUGCUCACGGUGCUGCUCUGCUUCCUGAUGCAGUUCGCGGUGUACCUGACGCUCGCCGAGGGCCUGAAGAACAGCAUCAAGUUCUACAAGGACACGGACACACCGGGACGCUGCUUCAUGAAGCGGACUCUGGACAUGACCCAGAUCGAGUUCCGCUGCUGUGGCAACAACAACUUCAGGGAUUGGUUCGAGGUGCAGUGGAUCAGCAACCGCUACCUGGACAUGAGCAACGACCUGGUCAAAGACCGUGUCCUGAGUAACGUGGAGGGGAAGUACCUGAUGGACAGCGUCCCGUUCAGCUGCUGUAACCCCGGGUCACCGCGGCCCUGCAUCCAGCACCACCUGACCAAUAACUCCGCCCACUACGACUACGACCACCGCAUCGAGGAGCUCAACAUCUGGACCCGCGGCUGCCGCGAGGCGCUCUUCUCUUACUUCAGCAGCAUGAUGAACAGCAUCGGCGUGCUCAUCAUCGCCACCAUCAUCCUGGAGUCGGCGGACAUGGCGGGGUUAAAGUACCUGACCACGGCUCUGCAGACGAUGGAGGACCCGGAGAACCCCGAGUGUGAGAGCGACGGCUGGUUGCUGGAGAAAGGCGUGAAGGAGACGUUCGGCGAGCUGUUCUCCAAGAUGAAGAUACUUGGGAAGAAAAACCAGGUGGACGAGGGCGGGGAUGCUGAGGCCGCCACCUGAGAGCCCUGCCCUCCACAAAGGACUGAGGUCUCCCCCCUCUCCCCCAUCCACCCGCCUCUCCCCCAGAAAACAGGAGAGGUCUGUACAUACUAGGGCUGGGUACCGAACUUCCAUACUUUUUAGGCACUGACCGAAUUGCCUCCUUAGUAUCGAGUAUCAAAAAAUGCCUUGUCAUUCAAUACCAAAGUUCAAAAUCAUCAAUCAUCAGUCAGCCACUAAAGCAUACAGCAUCCUUCUACCAAGAUCUAAUAAUGUUUGUGAUUGGCUGUUUAACGCAGUGGCGUCGGCAGAAAUCUAUUUCAUAGUACGCAUAAGAACAUUUUAUACAGGAGCUCAUAUUUGCGGGCGAGUCAUGCAAAAGAUAAAGCCAAAUACACCACACACAGAAAAACACACACACACAUUCUCACACAAUGUUUAUACUUCCACACAAAUAAUGUAGUCAUAUCUGUAGUGACUUUCAACAAAACUUAAUAAUAAGCCUUUGAGUGUCGGCUAAAUUUGUUCCGGGUACGUUUUCUGAGCUAAAAAUAAACCAACGUCCUGUUAUGCGCUGCGUUACUUUGGAUGAAUCGAUCCAUUUGGAUGUAUGGUUAUCGACGUCACUUCAGGUGUUCAGGGUUACGACGGUGGUUAGCUUCUGACCGCACACAUCACUGAUGGGUACCUUUCUGUCUGUAUAUUUAUGUUAUCUUCCGAACAACAGUAGUAUAUUGUUAUAUGCAGACGACACUCAGCUCUCGGUGUGUGUGACAGAAAACACUGCUUUCAGUCCCUGGUCAAAUCGAACUCGGGUAACAACAGAAACAACAGAGAUACUUGAACAAAAAAUGUACGCAUGGUGCGUACAGGAUUACAGCAGCCGGCGCCACUGGUCUAACGUCAGGGAAAUGCAGGAAAAAGUCAGCUCAGUGUGUUGUUGUUUUGAAAGGCUAAACGAUGUCACAUCAGUGUAAAGGAGCUGAAAAAAUAAAAGAUUUGUUCCGUGAUGUA